GGGCUGUACUCAAGGACGUGAGGAUUAGAGAGGAUUGCAAGUGCUCCAACUAAACGCUGGUGUCGAGUUACGCCUAGUCUGGCCGGCCUCGUGUAAACAGUGAAAUAUUGCCGAGAUACAGUGUGCGUUGUUGGUGUUAGUUGAUUAGUGCAAUCGGAAUUUUUAGUGAUUUUGAGAGCGGAGAAAUUGCCUGAAUAAGACAUAAGUCGAUUGCCAUUCCGAAGGCUGUGCAUGGGCAACCAAUCUCGCGCAACAAGCCACCACCAGACAGACAGCCUGCCCAUUUCGAGAGUGAAGCGGUGCGCGUAAAACCGGUCCAAAAUUUACAACAUCGCACGGCUUGCCGAUCUAGAUCAGCCCGGUAGUCACCGACCAAUGGGCAUAUCGGAUGAGGGCAAGCUGCUAGGAGCGGAGGACAUACCCCAUGAGGCUCGGCCACCCCAGGGUAGUCCACUGGAGCGAGGCAGCAUCGGGACCGGGGGGUCCAGCACUCCGGGAAGCGGCGGCCACCUGAUGAACAGUCCCGGCGGAGCGGGGAUGGGCGGGGACCCCAACAGCCCGAUGUCCGACCAGCACAGCGACGACGGGAUCGACGAGUUUCAACCAAAGAGAAAACAGCGCCGCUACCGGACCACCUUCACGAGCUUCCAGCUGGAGGAACUGGAGAAGGCGUUCUCAAGGACUCACUAUCCAGAUGUGUUCACGAGGGAAGAGCUAGCAAUGAAAAUAGGACUGACUGAAGCCCGGAUACAGGUCUGGUUCCAGAACCGUCGGGCAAAAUGGCGGAAGCAGGAGAAGGUCGGUCCCCAAGGUCAUCCCUACAACCCGUACCUGGCAUCGGGAGGUCAAGUUCCGUCGGCAACGGUCGUUGCUCCAUCGCUGCCUCCCAACCCGUUCACUCAUCUAGGCUUCAACCUGCGGAAACCCUUCGACGCGGCCAGCUUAGCAGCCUUCCGUUAUCCCACUCUCGGAGGUGGCCACGUCCUGCCAUCCGCCUAUUUCAACCAAUUCCAUAGAUCCCUUCUCGAUUUUAGGACGCCACCCCCACCGCUGCUUCCCCCCGGAGUCGGUGCGCUCUACACCCCAUCGGCUUCGUUCCAGACGCUGUUGGCCAACAUAUCUGCCGCCCAGAGAGCUCCCCCCAUCAUGCAGCCGAAGCAGUCCCCUCCCGGCGGUGUGACCAGUUCCGAUUACCUCUCAGCAGUGGGUCCGCCACCACAGGCAAACCUCACGACGCCGGCUUCCCCGCCGGUUUCGCCCACCUCAGUGCCAGUUGUUCCUCCGUCAUCGGUGGCGGGCGUUUCCGUUUCCGCGCCAGGUUCUACAACGCCACCCCAAGAUCGGCGCAGCUCGUCGAUAGCGGCCCUACGCCUGAAAGCUCGCGAACACGAACUCCGACUCGAGAUGCUCCGCCAGAAUGGCCACAGUGAUAUCAUUAGCUAAGGAUUCCCACUCUCCGCGGCAGAACACCCGUACUCGUCCUGUGCACCAGGGCCAUCUACCUAAUCACAUAAAGGCAUUACAAUUAGUGAAUCAUAAUCCGUACUUUUUCCAAAUAGGUCACAAUUCUUUUUAAAACAAAACUGACUAUUGAACAGCCAUAGCCUUAGGACUUGAAGAAACCACAAAAUUUACGAAAAGACUAACAGUGCCAGUGUUGUCAAAGUUAAAUCCCUCAAGCGUUUCCAUUCUUGAUUAAGUCGAAAUAACCGAUCUUGGUCACUCACUCGUGAAGAAAUCCCCCUGCAGGGAUUUACUUUCGCUGCCACCUAAUUUGUGUGGCGUGUCCGCGUUCAGUUUUUAUUCUGCCGUAUGCCGUUGAAUGGUAGCAGGUUAUCGGCAUUGAAAAUGUCUCGCAUUUACAGGUUCCUCUUACGCAUGCAUGUGGUUGUGCCGAUGUUGUCAUUGACAGUUUCAUCAGAAUUGUGAAUAAGGUUGCCUUAUUUUUUCCUACUACUGAAAUCGUUCCGAGGAACUGGUUGAAAGCUGAAAUGAAUGAAAUGAAAAACGCCAUCAUGUCACGCUACCAUAUGAGACGAUUUUUUUUGCCUGUUUUGCUCGAUGAAAAAGCAAGCGGCAGGGGUGGAGACUGCCCUGUAGGCGUGUUGACCGGUUGGAUGGUGAGGCUGUGUGAUGAUCAGACAUAGUUGCCGCAACGGGGGAAACUCCUGCAACGAGCGGUUGUUUCGGAGAAUUUUCAGUCGAGUUGGUUUUGAUGGCAAUUUGAUUUUGGAACAUUUAUUUAUUUUGAAAUGAGACCUAUUGAUUAAUUAUCUAUUUGUUUAAAAAUGUGAUGUUAUCCCAUGUAAUUUGUAAUAAUGUUAUGCAUCAGUCGAAACGCCUCCGUCGUUGACAUCGGGAUGACAAUGAAUCAAAGAUCAGAACCCGAUUUGUGCCAAUGCAGACCAACUUCACCAUCAAUGCUCUCUGUACC